CUUCAAAAUAAAGGUUUAAGAAAGACCCUAUGAUACUAAUUAACAAGUGCACGUUUGUUUUGUAUUAUUUUCUUUUAGUAAAUAAAUUUCUAGAUGCCAAUACUUCACUGACAGUAAUAUAAAUAGAAUGAGAUUAACAGUUAUUGUUGGUAAUUAUUUCAAGAAAUAUAUACAGUAUGAAAUUAGAAAAUCAACUGGUGUCACUAUUGAGAAGACAUUUCGUAAACCUGUAGAAAUGAGAAGAAAGAAAUAUUUAUUCACAGAAGAUCGACCCUGGACAGACGGUGCAAAACAGGCUAAUCAUUUAACAGAAAAGUUAGAAGAAGUUUUGGUAGAACCCAUAUCGGAUGAGGAAUGGAAAGUGUUCAAAGGCGAUAGGGUAGAAGUAUUAACAGGUAAAGAUAAAGGUAAAAUAGGAAUAAUAACUAGUAUUAUAAAGGAAAGAAACUGGUGUUAUGUUCAAGGAUUAAAUUGUGACUAUAAUUUAAGUAAUGUGUCCAGUACAAAUGCAGGUUUUAUGGUAAAGACAGAAAAACCUUUAUUAGUUACAACAGAAAUAGCAUUAGUCGACCCCUCAGACAAUAAACCUACAGAUGUAGAAUGGAGAUAUACAGAAGAUGGUAAAAGAGUUCGAGUUGCACUUAAAACCGGUAGAAUUUUACCAUUAGCUCAAAUAGCUAUUCAAGAAGGAGAUGAUUUUGUGAACAGAGCUUCUUAUAAAGAAUGCAGCAAAGAUACCAAAGAAAGCGAGCUAAAAAAGGUGACUUUUGCACCUAAACUGUCUACAUUUGAAACUGAUAUAAUGGAACAGAUGGGAAUUAAAGAUGAUAGAAAACGAAGUGUAAAAUAUUGGUAUUAACGUAGAUAUUUGUAUUAUUGUAGAACUGUAAAUAUUAAACUAUAAAAUAUUAAA